AUAUUUCUACCAAUGUAAGGAAUGAUAAUGCAUUUAUAAUUAGACGCAACAAACAAUUCAUUAUCUACAAUAAAAUGAUUUCGAAAUAAUUAAGCAACACGUAAAUAGCAAAUUAUAAACAUGCACUUAGGAUUCUUUACCAAAGGGCAUGUGGAUUCAAAUCUCCCGCGCGUUUCAUAACCUGUCAGACACUAAACAAAAAAUUAUGGCAUAAAAUUCUUGCAUUUCGAAUCAAACACACGUUUCUUCAACAGCAGCAAAGGAAAUAUCAUAUAGCAAGGAUGGUGAAUGUUAUGAAAGGCAUCUUGGUGAAGUGCGACCCUGCUAUGAAACAGUUUUUACUACACUUGGAUGAAACUAUCAAACUAGGACGCAAGUUCAUCAUUCAAGACUUGGAUGAGAGCCACCUGUUCAUAUCCAGCGAUAUAUUGGACACUUUGCAAGCGAAGAUAGACGACUUGAUGGAUCAAAUCAGUUUUCCCAUCAUGGAGAAGACUAUUAACUAAGGAUGUCGAAGGUGGUAAGUC